UAGACAGAGUCGAAAAUGUAAAUUUCUCUUGAAGCUGACGGUUUAUAUGCAAACAUGACAAGGCCUUUUGCAAGUAAAUUCACUUUGUAGAUCGACAGGUUGAGGUUAACUCUGACAGUUGGCAACCCUAGUUCAUGCAACAGCAUAUUUUACUCCGUAUUUCACCGUUGUUGUAUCUUUCAAUAGCUUAACGUAGAAGCACAGUUUCGAAAUGCUAUUUCUAUGUUUAUUUGUUGGAUUGAUUCUACAAGUCUCCUUGGCACAGAUUUACAACUACAGACCAGGAACGACUCCUGCCUCCAACCCUUACGUAGCGAUGAUGCCAAUGCGUCCGCCUGGCUGUGGGGCAUGCCCCCCUGCCGACUGUAGGACUCUGCCGCCCAUAGUCUGGGGCUUCUGCUGUGGCUGUGCUCUCCCUUUCGAUCGUGUCCCGAUAUCGUGCCCCGCCAACAUGUUAUGUCCGCCCCUGUCUCCUCUGCUGUGUCACGACUACAACUAUCUCAUGAACUGCUGUUGUUGACGUUUGAAAUUUCUUUAAACCCUAUUCUCAUUAAUUAACAAUACAUUUUACUAUUAUUAACUGUUUCCUUGGCCAACAGUAGAUUUACUAAAAUUAUUUAUACUAUACUUCACUUUUCAAUGCCAUUCUUAAUGUUCAAAAUAUAUGUUUUUUGUGUAUUCUGAUAUUUUUCAAAUG